AUGGAGUCGGCUCAGGAUGCUUCAAAAGCUUCGGUAGUAAUUAUCCACACUUUCGAUGCCUUAGAGAAAGAGAUACUAGAAUUUCUAUCUUCCAAGUACCCACUUGUUCAUGCUAUUGGACCCCUUAGCUUGCUCCUGAAUAAGAUUCCUAAAGAAAACCCCUUAAACACUCUUGAUUGUAACAUGUGGAAAGAAGAAGCAGAGUGUCUUCAGAGGCUCAACAGCAAUAAACAUAGUUCUGUGCUUUAUGUAAACUUUGGUAGUGUCAUAGUCCUUACUCCAGAGCAGCUGGGAGAGUUUUGUUGGGGCAUAGCUAAUAGCAAACAUCCAUUCCUGUGGAUUAUAAGGCCUGAUCUGGUUGAUGGGAAAUCAUCAGCCUUGCCAGAUGAAUUUUUGGCAGAAACUAAAGAUAGAGGCUUUCUAGCUGGCUGGUGCCCACAAGAGAAAGUGCUCAAUCAUCCUUCGGUAGGGGGAUUUUUGACACACAGUGGCUGGAAUUCGACAACUGAGAGUUUAUCAUCUGGAGUUCCAAUGAUCUGUUGGCCAGUUAAUGCAGAUCAACAGAUUAACUGCAGGUAUGCGUGCUCAGAGUGGGAAGUUGGCCUCGAAAUAGAGCAAGAAGUCAAGAGGGAUGAAGUUGAGAGAGUUGUACGGGAUUUGAUGAAUGGCGAGCAAGGAAAAAGACUCAGAAAAAAGGCAAAAUAUUGGAAGAAACUUGCAGAAGAAGCCACCAGUGAAUAUGGAUCAUCAUCAUUAAGCACGGAUCAAUUAGUAAAAAUACUAUCCGCAUCAAGAAACUAG